GAGUGAGGGGCGCUGAGGGGAUCAGAGUGCAGCCUGUGGGGGACGCGGGGCGCCCGUCCGGAGGAUGGUCCCCGCGGUGGGGCUGCCGAGUCUGCCCUGCCCGCCAUAACAAAAAAAGUUAAACCUAAGAAGUCUGCCAGUGGAACCUGAUGUGUCUGGAUCAGAAACUGAUGUGAGGUGAAGCUGGAGGAGUCUGAGAAUUCAUGUGAAGAAUUCCAGCUACAGGUUGGAGACGUAGAAGAUUUACUGCUGUUGAAUCCACAAAUGUUCAUCACACAACUCUCUCACUAUAUGGAGCAGAGUACUGUUUUCCUGUAUGUUGGCCCUUCUCUCUGAAACCAUGCCAGAGAUGACCGAGAAUGAGACUCCUAUGAAGAAACAGCACCGAAAGAAAAACCGGGAGACGCACAAUGCAGUGGAGAGACAUCGAAAGAAGAAGAUCAAUGCUGGGAUAAACCGAAUUGGAGAGCUCAUUCCAUGUUCCCCAGCACUUAAGCAAAGUAAGAACAUGAUCCUGGAUCAGGCCUUUAAAUAUAUAACAGAAAUGAAAAGGCAAAAUGAUGAACUCCUGUUGAAUGGAGGGAACAAUGAACAAGCUGAAGAGAUAAAAAAGCUCCGGAAACAGUUGGAUGAACUCCAGAAGGAAAAUGGGCGAUACAUAGAACUACUGAAAGCAAAUGACAUUUGCCUGUACGAUGAUCCCACAAUUCACUGGAAAGGGAAUCUCAAAAGUGCAAAGGUCUCUGUUGUUAUUCCUAGCGAUCAGGUUCAAAAGAACAUCAUCGUCUAUUCGAAUGGGAGUCAACCUGGUGGAAAUAACCAGGGGGCAUCUGUCCAGGGAAUAACUUUUAAUGUUGGUCAUAUCUUACAAAAACAAACAGCCAAUGUUGUACCAGUUCAGAGAACUUGCAAUUUAGUGACUCCUGUGACCAUCUCUGGUGUUUACCCCACAGAAAACAAGCCAUGGUCUCAGACCACAGUUUCUCCAUUGGCGUCCAAUCAACCAGUUCCUGCUGAGAAUAUUCUUGAGCUUUCCACCUCAGAGAAUGAGCAGGACAUGCUUACCUCUGCUACUGCAAGCUCACAGAAUGCUUCUCAGUCUGGGACAGAACAAGAAUUACAGUGUUCCUCAAGUAGCACACCACAGAAUGAUGAAAAUGUCCCCAUAAUUAAAAAUGGACAAGAAUGCACCAAGUUAAUGAAAAAAACUAUCAUGCAUGGCAUCAGCAUUCCUUCUAACACCACCGUAGAGGCCUCUCAAGUUCAACAGGUGAACGUGACCCCUUCAAGCAUACAGGGUCCUAGAAAUGAAUUUCAAGACAGUUUUGUCGUUUCAGCAACUGAUAUCACUUGUACCCCAUCUGUGAAACUCUCCGUUGUGGAUAGCCUCUCUUCAGUAAACAUCCUCAAAAGUACAGACUCACUAAGUAGUGCUGGGAUGCCUGUGACUUCUGCAAUAGAAACCGUUAAGGCUGUAACAGCAAUAAGCACACUGCCUGCUGGUCCAUUAGACAACUGUUGGUCUUUUUCAGGCUCUUCAGGUGUUGGCACUUCUGAUUUGAAAAACAUGAGUAGCCUUACACGGAUCCCUUCAGCUGGAAUCACACAAACCACAUGGACUACUUUGCAGCUAGCAGGAAACACUGUUCAGCCACUAACCCAGACACCAUCCAGUGUUAUGACGGCAUUGUUAAAUGAGCCAGUUAAUAGUGCUGGUACCAUAUCUUCCACCCAGAACAGACAUUUAGCUCCAAGCAUCAGUUUGAAUACUUCUGUGCCUGGAGAUGGGCAGGCAGCUGAACAAAUUGUUGUUACCUUGCCCUCUUGCCCAUCUGUACCUAUGCAGCCAUUAAUCACUCAGCCACAGGUUAAAACACAGCCUGCUGGAAACAUCUUUCCAUUGAAUUCAGCUAUGCAGGUAAUUCAAAUGGCUCAGACAAUUGGGUCAGCUGUUACUGCGGUACCUGCUAAUCAGAAUGUCAUAAUUCUGCAGCCUCCUAACACCACGCCAUGUCCCCCAGUGGUGAGAGCUGAAGUCCCCAGCCAAACUGUUAGUCAACAAAUUGUAAUUAUACAAGCAGCUAAUCAGAAUUCUCUUCCUCUCCUCUCUGCUCAACCCCCUGGUUCUCUCAGAGUUCCUGUGAGUGGAGCCAGUCCAAUAGCAAGCUCUAACAACUCUGUGCAAAAUACCUCUGCUCCACAAACUUUUGGAGGGAAACAUCUUGUCCAUAUAUUACCAAGACCACCUUCUUUACCAUCUUCUAGCGCUACACAAACUUUUUCAGUUACAAUGUCAAAUCAACAACAGCCUCAGACUAUUUCUUUAAAUGGACAGCUGUUUGCAUUGCAACCUAUGAUGUCCUCAUCUGGAGCUUCAAAUCAAGCCCCUAUGCAAAUUAUUCAACCUACCACUAGCGAAGAUCCGAAUACCAAUGUUGCCCUCAAUACAUUUGGUGCUUUAGCUAACCUCAAUCAGAGCAUAUCACAAAUGGCUGGGCAAAGCUGUUUACAGCUGUCCCUUAGUCAGCCUACUAAUCCAACAACUGCCAGCACCCAGAUUGCCCCAAUUAACUGUGUUUCAUUGCCAACUUCUGCAGCAUCUUCCAUAGCUACUGAAAGUUCAACAGUGUUAUCCAAUGCUUCUAAUUCUAUAAACACUUCUCCAAAAAAAGCUUCUGCUGGUUUGCCAUCAAACAUAAAAUCAAAAAGGACAAACAAAAAGACAAGUACUAAAAAACAUUUGGCAGCCAACAGCAAAGCAUCAUGUCCAGUGACUCCUUGCAGAGAUGCAGGGAAUCUUGAUUGCACUAAUGUGGAAGCUACAGCAGAGCAUUCAAAUAGUGAAGGACUGCUUGAAAACAUGCCUGUAGUAUCACAAGCCUUAGCUGUAUCACAAGCAAACAGCAUGGCAGCACCCACUGAUGUAAGCAUUUCUGACUGUCAAUCCAAAGAGACUCUGAGUUCUGAACAGAUGGUGAGCUUACCAGAGCUGAGUUCAACAGAGAUACAUAGUUCAUCAUCGCUAGAAUCUGUGAUGUCAGAACAGUUUGUACUAGUUCCAUCAAGUUCCAAAGAUUCCACUGCUCUUCUGCAGACAUCUCAGAAUAACCCAUUACCUGACUCUGUGUUGCCAGAAUCUUCCAAACCGUGUGUUACCACCAGCAUCUCAAUGUCCUCUGCUACUGAACCACACGUGACAAUUUCUCAGGUUUCUGGGGCAUCUGCACCACAAAACAGUGUAACGACAAACCAUGCUUCUGAGGCAGAAAGCAUUUCAGAGACCUGCAGUGUUGGGCAAGUGUCAUCAAUUGUGAUGCAAACCACAGACUUGUUAGAGGGACAAGGUCUAACCAAAAUGCUGUCUGACCUUACUAAAGAAAGAACAGCGAUGCUAAAACCCUCCUUUUCGCUUCAGGUGGAACAUUCUGAUUUCCCCCCAGAAAACUCUAAAACAAUAAAAUCAAACAUUGAUUUGCCUGAGAAGCAGGAACUUUUGUUAAUGAACACUGACGGUGACGCUCUCAUGCAACAUCAUUCCUGCAUUUCCGAUCAAGAGGUUGUCAGUGGUUCUCUUAUUGCUAGCAGGCAGGCGGACUCUCCAAUGUCAACUAGCUCUGGGAGUAGUCGUGGCUUCUCAGUUGCAUCCAUGUUGCCAGACACAUCUAGGGAAGAUGUUACCAGCAGCACAUCAACAAAUACAUGUAACAGCUGCACUUUUUCAGAGCAAACUGACAUUGUAGCUCUUGCAGCAAGAGCUAUUUUUGACCAAGAGAACCUUGAAAAAAGUGGAGGAGGAAUACAAGUUAACUUAAGGGAUGUUGCCUCUAAGUCUUCUGAAGUUGCACCUUUGGAAAGCGAGCAGCAGCUUUUUAAACCACAAACAGUUAAAGCUAAUGUAGGACCGUUGGAAGCAGCACCAUACAAAUUCCAUGCUCAGGAUCCAGUGCAAACAAAUGUUGAUAGACCAGUGGAAAAACCAAGCUGUUCUGUAGGAGUGGAAGCAUCAAAUACUGUACAGAUUUCAACUUCCCAGUCAACAAAUGUAACCAGUUUAAGUGUAAAUAAUCUCAUACAUCAAAGUCGCAUCAUCCACCCUCUUGUAAGUUGCUCAGGUUUAUCCCAGCCUUCAGAGCAAGCAGCUGUUCCUGCCACAGGGAUUCGGUCCAUAUCAUCUAGUUCAUAUGUCAGUCAGUCUCCAGGAUCAGCUAUGAUGACUGAAUAUGCUCAAGAUCAACUGAGUGCUAUUAGGGCAAACACCAUGCAGGCUCCACAGAUGCAGGAACCACACUUAAAGCAGCAAAACCAUGAAAGUCGCAAAGACUCUGCUAAACGUGCUGUCCAAGAGGACCUUCUGCUUUCUUCAGCGAAGAGGCAGAAGCAGUGUCAGACAACGCCUGUCAGGCUUGAAGGCGUGGCAUUGACGAACCGAACACCAGACAGUAUUGCUGACCAAACUCAAAUGUUGGUUAGUCAGAUCCCUCCCAACUCAUCCAAUCCGGUUGUGACAGUGAGCAGUCAAGGGCACACAGACGGUCUUAACAGAUUAUUCCCAUCCAACAACAACUUUGUGACCUCUGCUUUGAGGCAAACUGAAGUUCAGUGCAGUUCUCAGCCAUCCAUUUCAGAGCAGCAAGGUCAGGCAGGAGGUCAGCAUCUGCAAGCUAUACAACAUGUACCUGCUCAAGGCAUAUCACAUCUUCACAGUAACCACCCAUACUUAAAACAACAGCAGGCUGGACAGUUAAGAGAGAGGCAUCACUUAUAUCAGCUACAGCAUCAUGUUCCUCAUGCAGAGAGCUCAGUCCAUUCUCAAUCCCACAAUGUCCACCAACAAAGGGCAAUGCAGCAAGAGGUGCAAAUGCAAAAGAAACGAAACCUUGUCCAGGGAACCCAAGCCAGUCAACUUUCUUUACAGCAGAAGCAUCAUGGAAAUGAUCAAACUCGGCAAAAAAGUGGACAGCCUCACCCCCACCACCAGCAAAUACAGCAGCAAAUGCAGCAGCGUUUUGGAGCUUCCCAGCCUGAAAAGAACUGUGAAAACCCUUCAACAAGCAGAAACCAUCAUAACCAUCCUCAGAGCCAUCUAAAUCAGGAUAUUAUGCAUCAUCAGCAACAGGAUGUUGGCAACAGACAGCAGGGCUCAGGGGUUUCAUCCGAACAUGUGUCUGGACAUAAUCAGAUGCAGAGACUUCUGACCGCCAGGGGCUUGGAGCAACAAAUGGUGUCCCAGCCAAGUAUUGUAACCAGGCCAUCAGAUAUGACCUGUGCCCCACACAGGCAAGAAAGAAACAGAGUUUCUAGUUACUCUGCAGAGGCACUUAUUGGGAAGACGCCUUCUAAUUCAGAACAGAGAAUAGGGAUAUCCCUUCAAGGCUCUAGGGUUCCAGACCAGCUUGAAAUGAGAAGUUACCUUGAUGUUUCUAGGAAUAAAGGUUUGGUAAUUCAUAAUAUGCAGAGUCGUAUAUCUGUAGACCAUGCGGUUGGCUCAGAAGUUCAACGACUUUCUGAUUGUCAGACAUUCAAACCAAAUGGUGCCAGCCAACAGCCAACAGGCAAUUUUGAUGUACAGGCCUCAAGAAAUAGUGAAAUUGGUAACCCUGUAUCAUCCCUCAGGGGCAUGCAAUCACAAGCUUUUCGAAUUAGUCAAAAUACUGGGCCACCCAUAGAGAGACAAAAGAGAUUGCCCUAUCAACCGGUUCGGGGUAUUCCAACGGGAAAUGCUCUUCCGCCAAGGGAGAAUGAAAAUACAUGCCACCAAAGUUUUAUGCAGAGUUUACUUGCCCCUCAUCUUGGAGAUCAGGUUAGUGGAAGCCAAAGAUCAAUUUCAGAACAUCAGAGGAAUACGCAGUGCAGUGCAUCCUCAACAAUUGAAUAUAAUUGUCCCCCAGCACGAGAGAGUGUCCACAUUCGACGAGAUGGUGAAGGUCAGAAUAGAGAAAGUUGUGACAUGUCUAUGGGUACAAUUAAUACUAGGAAUAGUUCUUUAAAUAUUCCUUUUUCAAGUUCUUCUUCCUCAGGAGAUAUUCAAGGUCGAAACACGAGCCCAAAUAUUUCUGUACAGAAGUCCAAUCCCAUGAGAAUGACUGACAGUCAUGGAAGCAAGAGCCACAUGAAUACACCUGUUUCUAGUAACGUGCAUGGAGUUGUCCGGCCAGCUCUCCCCCACUCUGCUAUCUCUCAUGGGAAUGCUGAGCAAGGGCAACCAUCUGUUCGUCAGCCAAAUUCUUCAGUUACUCAGCGAUCAAGGCAUCCUCUCCAGGAUAAUAGUGGUUCUAAAAUCCGCCAGCCUGAAAGGAAUCGAACUGGAAAUCAAAGACACGGAAAUGUAUUUGACCCUAGUUUGCCCCAUCUUCCCCUGUCUACCGGUGGGAGUAUGAUCCUUGGGCGCCAACAAUCUACAAUAGAAAAAAGAGGCAGCAUUGUCCGUUUUAUGUCUGAUGGCCCUCAAGUGUCUAAUGAUAAUGCAGCCCCUGACCAGCAUGCUUUGUCUCAAAAUUUUGGAUUCCCUUUUAUUCCAGAGGGUAGUAUGAAUCCACCAAUAAAUGCCAAUACUUCUUUCAUUCCACCGGUUACUCAGCCUAGUGCCACUCGAACACCAGCCCUAAUCCCAGUAGAUCCUCAAAAUACACUGCCAUCUUUCUAUCCGCCUUAUUCUCCUGCCCAUCCUAGUCUGUCCAAUGACAUUUCUAUCCCUUACUUUCCCAAUCAAAUGUUUCCUAAUCCAAGCACAGAAAAGCCCAGUAGCGGAGGUUUAAACAAUCGAUUUGGAUCCAUUUUAUCUCCUCCCAGACCAGUUGGUUUUGCUCAUCCAAGUUUUCCUCUUCUCCCAGAUAUGCCGCCAAUGCACAUGACCAAUACAUCACACUUAUCCAAUUUUAACUUGACAUCUUUGUUUCCAGAAAUAGCCACAGCUCUUCCUCCAGAUGGUUCGGCAAUGUCGCCUUUGCUUUCAAUAGCAAACACGUCAGCUUCAGAUUCUUCCAAGCAAUCCUCAAACCGACCUGCCCACAACAUAAGCCAUAUUCUAGGUCAUGAUUGUAGUUCAGCUGUAUGAAAAUUGAUAGACUGACGUUUAGUCUGAAGGGUUAUGCUUAUAUUAAAAAGGGAUCCUUGAAGAGACCAUUCAUAGCAUCACUGUUUGUCUAAAAGUAUGUAUAUAUGUGGGUACUUCUGUAUUUAUAUACAUACUGUAUAUCCACCCACUUGCUAACUUUUAAGCACCAGUGCCUAUAGCAAUUCUUAUUAGUAACAGUAAGAAUGCUACGCCUAGAGCUGUGCAAAUAUUGAAUGUUGAUUUUACAGCAUUCAAAAAUCUGAUCGUUCCAGAAUAACUGACACUUUCAGCUCUUGGAUCUAAAGUACCAAGUAAAAGAUUAGCCUUGUGGGAGAUGAGACUGGAGGAAAUAAGUGCUUGAGAUUUUAUUUUAAUUCUUGGUUAAUUAACUUGUCCAGAAGAUAAAGUGAACUGUUUAGAAUUUGGGUUUUUUUGUAAAGUAUCUUAAAGAGCCUCGCACAUGCCUGGUCUUUAAGUCAAGUUGGUAUCAAGCCAGUUCUAGUUGAUAAAGACAUUGGCUUUUUGUCUGUUAAAGCUUGUGAUAUACAUUCUAAUUAAGGCUGAGUUGAUCAGAUAAAAAUCUGUGUGUAUGUUUCCAUGGUCAGCUUCUGAGCAGCAGUAAAACAUUUGUUAUUUUAAAACAUUCAGUUUCCCUUAAAACAUGAUUUGCUGUCACUUUCUGUGGAGAAGAAUUUUAUUCAGAUUUGUAUGUGGAACGGCAUCAGCUCCUGCUGAACUGUGUAUAGAGUUUUUUUAAUAUAAUUUAUUACCCCUUUUAGUGUAAUCAACAUAGACAUAGCCAUCAUGUUUUUUGUCAUCUGUCAGUUGUUUGUAUGCUACAAGUUACCUCAAGGUAUCUUCCCUAUACCUUGUUUAGCACUUUCUUUGAGUCUUUUUUUUUUUCUUGUAAUCCUUGUCCUUGUAUCUGUGUCUGCUUUCCUCCAUUCUUUGGAUUAAGGACCCUUCCUGUAAUUCACAGCAAAUGAGCAAACUGCUAUGCCUAUGUGGAAUCCCCUUGAAGGUAAUAGGCUCCCUGUGGACACAGCAGUCUUCCCACUUGCUGUCAAUGGCGGGAUCAAGGCCUAAUUUAAUAUUAAGACUUUGCACUUAAAUAGCACCUUUUAGCUAACUCAGUGUGAUUGUGUGUGGGGAGAGAGAUGAAUGUGUCAAUUAUUAAACGCAUGGCAUAUAGGGAAAUUCUUUCUGAUUUGUGGCAGAGGGCGAGAGGGACAGAUGUUUACUGAUUUUGUUUUGAUUUUUUUUUUUAAUAUUUGCAAAAGAAUUGUACACUGUUUGGUCCGAUUUCAUUAAGUGAAAAUGAGGAUGGACCUAGGAAAGUGGUGUUUAUUUAGUGACUACUGCAACAUAAUUAUCUUGAAGGAAGGCAGAAGUCUUUUUUGUAUUCAUCCAAAACCAUCACUCCAGACUUUUCAUAUUCUUGUUUCCACCAGCCCACCUAUCCCUAUCUCCCUAGACUAUAGGAUCAUGCUCAGGCCACAAUGAGGGGUAACAGCCAGAGUUUCUCUGAGGCAUCCUUCCUGUGCAGACCAGGUGCAGGCAAAAUGCUUCAAGCAGCACUAGGUGUACUGAGCUGUUUAGUGCUCUAUAGGCCUGCUCCUGAAAGCUGCAGCAUGACCUCCUCCUGUGCCUGCUGCCAAAUGCUUGAGAGAUGGGGUAGGCCAGGCCACACCCCAUCGUGCCUAUGAACCAUCACAGCCUAGCCCAUUCUCAUUUGUGGAUGUGCUUGAAAAAAGGAGUCUCUUUGUUCAGCCUCAGCUGUGGGCCCACAUGGAUGUAGCCAGUUUUGUUGGUAGACUGACGACCUGAUUCUCAUAUACAGUAGGCCUCUUUGCACUGCUCUGGCAGAGUAAAGGAGUCUUAAAGUGGACGCGAAUGUAAGGAGACCUUAGUGUAUAUGAGAAUCGGGCUCUGUGUCUAUAAUCUGUCCUGAGGGUGGUUUCAUUGGUAACACUAUAUAUGUCCUGGUAUGAAUGGCUGUGCUUCAGCCUUUAAAGUAAAGGGAAAUGGUUCUGUCUCAAAAUGGGAAUCCCAUUCUAAUUCAAAUGGGAAGUAUCUUGAGGGAACUGAACGUAUUUGGUGCUUCAAGUUUCAGUGUUUGUCAGAAACAAGGAAUGAAAUAAAAAUCGCAAAAGUUUA